AUGGCGGCCAAAGACCAGGGGCAGGACCAGGGGCAGGACCAGGAGCAGGUCCAGGGGCAGGCGCGCUUCGUCUAUAUCUCCCGCUUCGGCUCCUACCGGUGUGGCGGCGUCUGGCAGCUGGGCGGCCCCAAGGCUCAAAGGCGUUGUCCCCCGGCGCUGGCGGCCCAGUCCCGCGAGCAGGAGCAGCUACGACCAGAAGCGGCCCCGGGGCAGGCGGCCAAGGCCUGCGCCACAGCCCGGUGGCAGGCAUUGCGCGUGCGGAGCCCCGGCAGGCAGACUGCGCGGGCACGAGGCUCAGCAGGUGGAGAGGCGGCGGGCAGGGCCGGGCAGGGCACGGAGGGUUUCAACCGGAAGGGUGCAGGUGAAGAAUUUGAUUUCCCCAUACCAUUGGAUGGUGCUGCCAAGAUCACGAAGAAGAAGAAAAAGGUGUCAGUAUGGAAUAGCGUACACAAAGUUAUUUCUAAAUUGCUGAAAGAGAAUGAAAGAUACAGACUCAGGCUGAAAUGUCAAAAAGCAUCCAGUGACAGUAAGUGAACACAGCUUUUGUUGUACUGAAGGAGGCUGGCUUCUGCAACAGUUCAGUUACCUUUGAAUCACGGUAGACCCCUGUGAUGUGAACACCAGUUUGGAUGUUGAAUGCAACUGUUCGGGUGCAUGUGUUAACUUAUGUGUUCAAUGCUGCCUAAACUCUUAUGCUAAUUGUCUG